AUGGCUAAACGGAGAAAGGAGUCAAUCGCAAUGACAAAAGGCAACGGCUUCGACGCCCUUGGAGCUUGGUUCGAAGGAGUUAGGAUGCUAAAGCAGAAAGAACCUGCGAUGGUCGAUGUUGAAGCCGCCAAGAGCAAGGAGAUUGGCAUUGUUGGAGCCGGCAUGUCAGGACUCAUGACAUACUUGAUCUUACACCAGUCGGGAUUCACAAACCUCACCAUCCUGGAGGCGAAUGACCGUCUCGGCGGCCGCGUUCGUACAGCUUACUUCUCCGAAGACCCAUUCGACUACUCCUACCAGGAGAUGGGGCCGAUGCGGUUCCCAGUAGAUUAUGUUGAUCCCGACAGCGGCAAGAAGUACAAGAUCUCCGACACUCUCCUAGUAUUCGAUCUAAUCAAAGAGAUAAACAAGAUUAACGAAAAGAACCCAAAGCUAAAAGUCGAUUUAAUCCCAUGGUUAGAGGACAGCGACAACGGUCUACAAUACUUUCAGGGAAUCCGCACGUCAAGCGGUCUUCCCCCAACACUAAAGCAAAUCGACAACAACGCCUCAUUAUCUCCCCCGGAGAUCAUGGACCCCCACGCUAAAGCCAUCUCCAACCUGCUGGACAAGAAGUUACCCGGAGACAAGUUCAUGGUCGAAAUGGCAAAGAGUAUGUACAAGGCGCACAGAAAGUGGACCGACAACGGACUCAGCGGACAGCCAGGAGAUCGAUGGUCUGAGUUCUCAUACAUAUCGCAGUACCUUAAAGGGGACCUCAACACCACUGAUUUGCUGGAUAUUCAACAGGAUCCCCACGGCAGCUUCUGGGAGUACAUGUACGAUCUGUUGUAUGAGAGCGCGGAUAGUUGGAAGACCAUCGACGGGGGACUGAGUCGUCUUCCACUAUCAUUUGGCCCAUUAGUGAAAGACAAUCUGCAAUUUAACAGAAAGAUUGAGCGCGUUCAUUACAAAAACAACAAAGUCACGCUUCAGUGGAAGCAUCAUUUCAAGGAUGCCGCUUUCCAAUCCUCAACGUUUGACUACGCCAUUAUUUCCGCACCCUUCUCCAUCGUCCGACAAUGGCGUCUUCCCCAACUAGAGAUAACGAUGCUCAACGCCAUCAAGAAUCUCAACUACGAUACGUGCUGCAAAGUUGCGCUCGAGUACUCCGAGCGUUUCUGGGAGAAGAUGAAGAACCCUAUAUACGGGAGCUGCAGCACGACCACCGACAUUCCCGGCAUAGCUCAGGUGUGCUACCCUUCGUAUAACAUCAAUUCAACUGGCCCGGCGGCCAUUCUAGGCACCUAUCUAGAGGGGUCUGUUAACCACGAGAUUAUGCGAAUGAUGAGCAUGUCGGACGAAGAGCACAUCCAGUACGUUCUAGAUGCGAUGUGCGAGAUCCACGGGGAACAUACACGGAAACUCUACACUGGUAAGUACGCUAGGAAGUGCUGGGGCUCAGAUCCCUCGACGGCAGCAGGGUGGGCGAAUCCGACGGUUGGGCAGCACGAGCUGUAUAUCCCGGAAUACUUUAAAGUGCAUGAAAAUUUAAUUUUUAUUGGCGAGCAUACUUCGUUCACGCACGGUUGGAUAUGUUCUGCGCUGGACUCUGGAGUUAGAGGCGCGGUGCAGAUGCUUCUUGAACUUGGAUUGGUUGAUGAGGCGAAGGCGGCUGUGAAGAAGUGGCUUAAUAGAUAG